GAACAGCUGACUGUAAACAUAAGCAAUAAGAUGCAAAUACGAUUGUUUAUUUAAAAUAUAUUAAAAUCUCGACUAUUUAAGCUUAAAGUGUUUUUCAAUGGCGCGUAUUAAAUGGCGCCUUGGCGCCAACCAGAAUAUUUUCUCAACUUUUCGCCUACGCUGGUCUUAUAUGAAGCACUGCUGGCACUCGCUGACGAUCAAUUCGCACAUGAAUUCCAGCUAUGCCAUCGAUGUGUGCAUGACACCGAUCUUCUGGAUAGUCGACAAUUAUACACACUGCUUGGGCCCAUUUUUCGUAGUGGGUGUUGCUGUUUUGACCACUGUCGUUGUCAGCAUUGCCUAUUGGAUUGGUCUGCCCUUUUGGUGGGCUAAAAGCCAAUUGGCAACGAUUUUAUUGCUCAUCUUUGGCAAUUGGGUGCUGUUGAACAUCAUCUUCCACUAUGUGAUGGCUGUAAUAACACCACCUGGCCAUCCACCUGAGGGAGUCUCGCAGGUGGAGGCGGUCAGUAUGUGCUCCAAGUGCAUUACGCCAAAGCCGCCGCGAACUCAUCACUGUUCCGUCUGCAAUCGCUGCAUCUUGAAGAUGGAUCAUCAUUGUCCCUGGCUUAAUAACUGUGUUGGCUACGCCAAUCAUCGCUACUUCUUCCUUUAUAUGCUGUACACAACGAUGGGCUGUUUGCUACUCAUUGUGGCUGGCGUCGAGAUCGGCCACAAAUAUCUUUGGCUGGAUCAUAGUGAACCUUGGACUGAGUUGGAACCGCUCGAAGGUCAUCCAGUUCAAUACAAUCUAAGUGGACAUAUAAUUCCUGUUACGCAUCCACAUGAAUAUGAUGACAUCUUGUUGCCAGCAGCUGUCCACAAUCUGCCCACUCCUGCUGUGCACACGGAUGAGUCUUCGCCCGCACGGCGGCGUAUCUUGUGGUUUAUGGCCGUUACUAAUGUGGCUGUGGUGAUUGCCUUGGGCAGCCUUUGCACCUGGCAUGCCAAGUUAAUUACACGCGGCGAGACAAGCGUCGAGUCGCAUAUUAAUGAGGCAGAAACUAAACGUUUCCUGCAGGUCAACCGCAUAUACAUCAAUCCCUACAAUUUUGGUAGCAAAAAGAACUGGAAACUGUUUCUGGGUCUCGUGCGUGGCAGAUCCUUUUGGCGCACCGUGCUCCUACCCUCAUGGCAUCGACCGGAAGGCAACGGGCUCACUUUUCACACUGUCCAUGAUGCACCCUUUGAGGAUGAGUGGCCAUAGUCCUUGGCCUACGUUUAUGCGCAGGACUAAAGCUUUUGUGAUGUCUUCAUAGCCAACCAGUUGAUGUUCUUAUAUUAUUAAGUAGAGCAUUUCCAUUUUGUUAGCAUUUAUUAAUAUUAAUUGGAAGUAAUAUACAAUCGGAUGUUAUUCAAAUUUCCCUAUUUAUAUAUACCAAAAUUAUUAAAAAUAUUAUUUCGUAAUACGUUAAAA